GAAUACCUGGAAACAGCAGAGAAAAAUACGGAAAAAAUUAAUGUCCUUGAAAAAAGACGUGAGAAAUUGGCCCUUGAAAAUGUUUCUGUGAAAAAUAUGUUAACACAGGUUCAGAAGGAGCAUUCAUCUCUCCUGGCAGCCUGUGCACUAUUGGCAGGGGCCCUUUAUCCUCUCUAUGGCCGAUGGUGUGCUAUGUCUUCCCAAAGAGACCUUCUCCAAGAUCAGGUCAACAUUUAUGAAUUAGUGAACCAGGAGAUUAGGACCCUAGUUCAUGCUCUCUCUGAUGUAGAGGAUAACAAUCAAGAUGAAGUGAAAAGAAAAUUCAAAGGCCUGACUCGCGUGUUCCGAAGAGGUGUGAUUGCAGUUUUGGCAGCUAACAGACUUAAAGUUUUAGCCCAGUCUUCUAGUUCUCUCUUCUCCUGGGUAAAUGGCUUCAAAGGCGGCGUUGGAAUUCUAGUUUGUAUAGGAGACUCCAAAGGCAAGCGUAAUCUGUCAAGUCGUGAAGAGGAACAAAUUCACUGUGUUGAAGCACUCAGCUGGUUUACUAGUUCUAACCUCCUUGCUGCAAUAAUCAGUUCUGUCACUGAAUUACAGGAUGUUGUUAACAAAACAGAUCCAAAGCCCUGGCUUUCUGGACAUUUACUUGUAAGUGCAGCCAGGAGCUCCUUUUCAAAACUUAUGGACAAGCUGAAUGUAAUAAUGGAGACUGUUCCACUGAACAGCAGCAGGAGCAUUACUUACCCAGAGAAAGACUCCUUGGUACAGAGGCUGGCUCAGGGACUUAAUAAAAUAAAUACCCAGGCCCUGGAAGCUGGUUUUUGUGACAGACUACCCAUUAUGAAAAGUGUAGCAUCCUUGCAGAAGCAAGUAUUUGAAUUUACACAAAGACUUCAUACAGCAGAGGUGGAACGCCGCUCAUUGCGCCUAAAACUUGCAGAAUUGAAAUGGAAUUUCAGUGAGAUGAAAAAAGAAGCUGACAAAGCCCAGAGCUUGCAAGAGCAAUUAAAUGCAUUAAAGCAGUCUAAAUUGAUCACCCAUGAGAGGUUUGAAAGUGCAUGUGAAGAACUGAAUAGUGCAUUACGUUGGGAGCAUCAGGCACAAGUGCUUUUGAAUGAACAGGCGCAGCAGCUCCAGGAGUUAAAUAAUAAGCUGGAAUUGCACUCCAGUGAAGAAGCUGAUAAAAACGAAGUCUUAAGUGAAACAGUAAAGAGACUCUCCGAGGCAAAGAUGGAGCUGAGAAGAAAAGAUCAAUCUCUGCGUCAGCUCGAUAGACUUCUUACCCAGCUGGAGCAGGACAACCGUCGACUGAAAGAGAGCAUCCGUGAUGCAGAGAGUGCCCUCUGCAUGGCAGCGAAAGACAAAGAAUUGAUUAUUAGUCAUAUGAAAUUUGUGGAAGACACUCUUCAUAAG